GACAGAUGCAGACCUCCAGACAAGACCAGAUAGACAACAGUGGAGAAGCGUGGUCGUAAACUUGCUUCACAAAAACACUGUACAGUUGGUUUGUGGGUGAAUCCUGUCCCGUCGGUAAUCUAGCCAAUUUUGAUGCACAGUUUAAAACAUACACCUCCUUCCAGAAAGUAACAACCAGUGACGGUCUGUCGUCUGUGUUGGACAGCUCGUCGUUGGAAUGGGUCAUCAGACGUCAUCGACUUUAGUCCGGCACCAGCGCUGGUACGCUGUUCUCUGCCUGCACGUGUCCUGGUUGGUAGGCGUCAGCCUCUUCAAGGGUUUAGGGGUGAUGCUGCCGUCCCUCACUGAUCAGUUCUCAGCCGAGACGUGGAUGGUUGGUUGGAUGGUCGCCAUCGUCGCCGGCGUGGCCGGCCUCACAGGUCCUCUGACUGGUCCCUUGGUUGCGCUGAUCGGUCCUCGAACGGCGGUCAUGGCCAGUGGUUUGGCAUUGGGGACAUCAAUGGCCCUGUCUUCUGUAGCUACAAGCGUCGUACAGAUGGCUUUAAUUCUGUCCUUGGUAGCAGGGCCCGCUUUAGUUGUGCCAGUGAUCCUGACGAGAACCUUGGUGGGUAAUCAUUUUACCGAAAACUACGCCAUAGCAAAUGGGAUUGCGAGCUCGGGAUCUUCUGUUGGGCUGGUGUUUGUGGCGCCGUUCACCCAGUUGUUAUUGGAUACGUACGGCUGGAGAGGUACCAUGCUGCUCUUAGGGGGCUUGUGCAUGCAUCUCGCGGUGUGCGGUGCCCUACUUCAGUCAUCGCCGAUCUCCGAGACAAGUAAGCACACGUACGAAGAACUUUCUCGCGAAAGUGAGCAGCUUCUCGGUCGAAAGGUCAGCGGGAAGAAGAAGACGUCGUGCUUCCAGGCCAUCCUGGCAACACUGGCGCACCAACUUGGAUGUUCUGUUUGUCUGCGCGCCUCUUUUUGGCUAGCAACCGUCGUCCUCAUCUGUUUCCGCUUCGUGCCGAGUUUGUGGUUGGUGUACUUCGUAUCGCAGGCUCAGUCCAUGGGUUUCUCGGCGUACGACGCCACUAUAUUCACCACGGCCGCCGGGGUAGGGAACUCGGUCAUCAAGAUCAGCUUGGGCCUGGCCGUGGACCGCGGCUUCUUGUCGCUGCGUUGGGCUCUGUUGUUGUCCAUCCUGGGUGCCGCGGGGACUCUACUGAGCAGCAGCUGGAUGAAGGCGUACUGGCUGAUGAUGGUCGAUGCUUUCUUUCAUUACGGCUUUGUGGGAGUGGUGAGCUCCCUCUGCGACAUUUACACCAGAGAAUUAGUUGGAAUUGACAACUUGGGUUCUGCCCUAAGUUGGAUGGAGCUAAUGGCGGCCAUUUUACAGUUGGCUUUUGGAUUUUUUCCAGGUUGGAUAUACGACGAGACCGGUAGCUUUGACUUGGCCUUUUUCGUCAUGGGAGGUAUGUUGACGCUGCCGUUGGUGUCGCUGCUUCUGGAGUGGGUUAUGAUGGGGAAUAGUAAGAACGUGGACGAAUCCCGACCUUUUGCCGAUCGUUAAAACUCGGUAGAAAUGAACCUAAUAAUGGGUGGUGCUAUAUAUAUAUAGGGGUUUUUAUAACACCUCACCCAAAGAUUCUGUAACUUGAUUGGCCGAGAGCUACAGUCACCUGGCAUUUCGCUGUUUUAUCAAUCUUCAGUGCCCGUACUAACCAAAGACCUAUACGCAUGACCACCGACAUUGUAUGCAAAUGCAUAUUGAUAUGCGCUUUGAGCGUAUGCCGGAGAGCUAGGUUCAAACGUGUGAAGAGGAAAUUUGGACAAGUGCUGGUAGAUUUCAAACAGAUUUCCUGUUCAGACAGACGUAUUUUUAUAUGCAGUCAGAGCACAUUAUUCGGUUAUCUCUUGAACCAGGUAGCUUCUUUGGCAGGGGUGAUUUGAAACAAAUAUUGACUAUUUUAUUUCGCGGUUUAUGGGUACACGUGGUUCAUCCGGUGCUCCAUGGAGUAUUCCCUCUGUGGCUCGGGGAAAAACCUCCGAACGUUCGACGCGUUUAUGAACUAAACACAUUAAACAUUUGAACUCGCGAUGCAUUUGGACAUGAACGUGUUCAACGUAUAAAGUGUUUAUCAUCGGGACAUUAAACGCCUGUUUAUAGGAGCUAAAACGUGAAUUUCAUUAUUUUCCUCCAAUACUCUUAAGUGCCGAUGAAAUUCAAUUCUCGUGUUGUCAGUGGUUAAUUUAAGCCGAUAUAACGUAUGGAUGCCGAGUGGAUUAUCACUUGAUUACCACACCAAAAAUAAAUACCGUGUUCAGACAAUGCUUUCAGUUGUACCGCCCAGGCACGUGCGCAAUAUGUACACUCACGUGCAUGCGCACUUCGAUCUCUUUCCGCGUCCCCGGCCCGCAUGUCUGCUGGCUGUUGUUAGUUGCAAAGGUGGAGAAAUUGGACUUAUCAGAGUUGCAUUUACUCGUUUCGAACUCAGGUUCGUGCAUAUAACGUGCAUAGAUAUUUCAGAAUAUCGGAUGGAUGACAACUUUCUGGAAAAAUAAGGUCUUCCAACUGUUUUUGAACCAUUUUUAUUCCCCUUUUAAGUUGUUGCAGUUGGCUUGCCACUCUUCACGUCACUGCGUAUGACUUGAACACCUGUACGUCAUCCUUACCCAAUACACACGUUUAGGCGUUUAAGCAGUAUACACUCUUAUGGGUUUAUAAUUAAAAAGUGUUUAACAUAUGCCAAGCACAUCCACAUAUUUCAUCAUAAACAUAGGCCUACGUUGCGUUUAUUAAAUAAAAUAGUGUGUUCAGCAUAUAAAUUUGUCGUUUGUG